AUGACUGCUAUUGACGCACCUCAUCGGUCUUUUUCCGAUGCACUUCAUGAACGUUAUUGCGAUUUCGAGGCAACAUUUGAUAAACUUAAAAAUGGCUGUGACAUUGUAUUCUUUGUCGGUGCGUCACCACAACAAACAGACGCAGGUCUCGUUCUUAAUACAUCUACAGUUGUUCUAACUGAUGAACGUAUUUCACAUGUUGGUGAUCCUCAUGCUGUUGAAAUCUCCUGUUCCAAAGUUGAACUUGUCAAUAUUUCAUCGAAUGCAUUUUCCAAUUGGCAUGAAAUAUCGCUUCUAUUUUCAUCAUUGCCACAUGUUAAAACAAUUAAUUUAAGUCUCAAUCCAUUUUCAUCUCAAAUAUACAAAUUUCCUGAUGAAAUUCAAUGGCCUAAUCUGAAUACAUUAUCUUUAAAUGGAACUAAUAUUAGUCUUGAAAUGCUGGUCGAAGUAAUGAAAAAAACACCGAACUUAGAAGAAUUACAAAUAUGCUCAAAUAAUUAUUCAAGCGUAUCAUCAACUUAUAAUUUCAUUCAUAACAAUCUUAAACGUAUCUAUAUAUACAAUAAUAAUAUAACCGAUUGGACAUCAAUAUGUAAUCUUGGUCAUUUAUUUCCACGCUUAGAAACAUUAAUAGCUAGUGAUAAUCCUUUGAAAACUUUUCAUUCAGAUGAUAAUGUUGAAAUAUGUUUACCGAAAUUACAUACACUCAGUGUAGAUCGUGUUCAAAUAUCGGAAUGGAAUGAUAUUAUUGCCUUGACCAAAUUACCUUGUCUACAUGCAUUAAGAAUCUAUUCAGCACCACUUCUUAAGGCCUAUCAAAAAGAUGAACGAUUUUUUCUCUUACUUGGCUACAUGAAAGAUCUUAAGAAAUUAAAUGGAAGUGAUAUAACAGCAAGUGAAAGAGAAGCAAGCGAGAGACGAUUUAUUCGAUAUUAUUCUCAAUGUGAUGAUAAGCCACGAAGAUAUUUUGAUUUAAUUGAAAAACAUGGUAAUCUUAAACCAUUAGUUGAUAUUCAAAUUCGUGCACCUUAUUUAAUGCAAGUUCGCCUUAUCUAUAAUCAAACAACCUAUGACAAGGAAAUUGACGUUAGACAAACGGUACAGCAAUUUAAAAAAUAUCUUCAAGAAACGUUUCAACUGCCAAUGAAUCGCCUACGAGUUUUUCAUGUUGAUGAUGUCGCUUUUAAUAUGGGUUUAGCUGGUCCGGAAGAACUUAAAUAUCCACAACGAGUAUUACAUACAUAUAAUAUACACGAUGGAGAUCAAUUUCAUGUUGAUCUCAAACCCGAUCAAUUUAAACCUCAACACUCGAGUCGACCAGUUAAUAUAACUGCCUAUUCAAAUAAAUUAGCAAACGAUAAUUCAGUAGAGUCUUCAGCAUCAUCUGAAAACGAUAAAAAACAUCCUCCAUUUUCAUUGGAUUCUUUGCAAAACUUGCCAAAUCAAACUGAUAUAAGUACUUCUCAAGCAUUCAUUCAACUUGAUCAAUUCUAUCCGUCGACUGACAAAAAUGUUCAAAUAUCAAAACAAAUUUCGAAUGACGAUGACGAUGAUUUACUUUCAGCUGCAGCAAUGGCUUGUACUCAAAUGAAUAAUACUUGA